CGACAAUGGCGGCCAUCUCCUUCUCUACUCCAUCGUCUUAUCAUCCCUCCUCCUCCUCCUCCUCUAACCUCCACCAAUUUCAACCAGCAAAACCACCUCAAUCCCUCCUUCUCCGCCGUGCACCACCUCCGGAGCAAUGCAUCAAAUGCUCAAUCACUCCCUCACCUCUAGCCCUAGGAUCGGACUUUGAGCACAGCCUCAAAAUUUUAGCUUCUUCGCCUCAAUCACCGGCGACGGCGAUGAGAGGGGCCGAAACGGACGCCAUGGGUUUGUUGUUGAGGGAAAGGAUUGUGUUCUUAGGCAGCAGCCAGAUCGAUGAUUUUGUUGCUGACGCCAUUGUUAGUCAGUUGCUUUUGCUGGAUGCUCAGGACCCCACAAAAGAUAUCAGACUCUUUAUGAAUUCUACCGGUGGUUCUCUCAGCGCUUCAAUGGCCAUUUAUGAUGUUCUGAAGCUUGUACGGGCUGAUGUUUCGACCAUUGCUCUGGGCAUUUCAGCGUCAACGGCAUCAAUAAUCCUCGGUGGUGGAACUAAAGGUAAGCGAUUUGCAAUGCCUAAUACACGUAUUAUGAUACACCAACCGCUAGGAGGUGCUAGUGGUCAGGCCAUAGAUGUUGAAAUCCAGGCCCAAGAAAUGAUGCAUAACAAGGAAAACGUUACCAGAAUUAUAGCCGAAUCCACUGGUCGAUCUUUUGAACAAGUUCAGAAAGAUAUCGACAGGGAUCGCUAUAUGUCUCCUAUUGAAGCAGUCGAAUAUGGCAUAAUUGAUGGUGUUAUUGAUGAAGAUAGCAUCAUCCCACUUAUGCCCGUCCCAGAUCGGGUCAAACCUACCCUGAGUUAUGACGCAAUUAGCAAAAACCCCGAGAAAUUCUUGAAUCCUGAUAUACCCGACGAUGAAGUUUACUAGAUGGUCACGUAAUGCUGGAAACGUUUUAUGAUAUAUACCAGUUACUGGUCGGUAUUCAUUAGUCGUGACAGUUAAGUUGAUGAAGCUGAUUGAUUAUCCUACUUGAGACUGUAUUAUCUUUUACUUAAUGAAAUCAAGAUGACAUUGAGACCGCGUUUGUCGAGUGUAGGUUUGAUCUUCUUGUAAAUGUGUUUGAACCCAUGUUUUUAG